GGCUGUACCAGUUUGCAUUCCCACCAGGGGUGUACUAGGGUUCCCUUUUUCUACAUCCUCCCCAGCACUUGUCCUUGGUUGAUUUGUUGAUGACAGCUAUUUUGACAGUUGGGAGGUGGUCUCUAAUGGUUGCUUUAAUUCGCAUCUCUCUGAUGAUCAGUCUUUUGAGCACUUUUCACAUGUCUCUUGGCCAUCUUAUCCACACUGCAGCCCAGGCAGAGCUGACACUUUGGAUGGCAUCAGAAGCAGAUGCUCUUAAGUAUGAGUGUCUGUUUUGUGACAUGAUCUUUGUAUAAUGAAUUCAAUGGAGGCAGGUCAGGUCUAGUCUGAGACUUGAGCAACCUCCCCCAGCUACAUUUGGCCUGAAGGAGACACAUGCCAAAAGUCCUGAAUGAAGAAACAUUGCCUGCCAUUCAGAAAGAGCAGGUCCUGAAGAAAGAUAUGCAAAACCAGCCCCGCAGGUGCUGGAGAAACAAACUUGCCCCUGACGUCACCUCCACUGAAGGCACUAGAGGACCCUUAGUGUACUUGGUGUGUUCUUGAGCUAUUUGCCCCUAAAUCCAGUCCUUUAGUCAACUGAGAAAUACGGCAUCCUCGCCUUGGCACCAAGAAACUACAUUACCCAUAAGGCCAAGCGUGGAAUGCCACUAGGUUGAGCCAAUGGGGGCUCAGAAGGCAUUUCCCAUUGUUCGCUCAUGUAGGGCGGGACCGGUAUUCCUGGUUACGGGUGUUGUCCAUUCAAGUUCUGGUCUCAGGCUGUCGGGAGUUCUUGGGCUCAGAGUCCCGUGGAGAAGGCCGGAGGGUGGUGUUCCCGCCUCACAGCCAAUGGUCGGAGCCUCCAGUGGUGUCACAGCUCACACUUAGGAUUGAAACUCGGAGUCACCGCCCGGACCCACGCCAGGGCCGGGCCAGGGACUGCCAUUCCUGCAGCGGCUUCUGCUCCCGCCCCGCUCAGCCCACAGAGUGCAAUGGCGGCGCCCCCGCUGAAGAGACCAGCUAAGGUUGGCGUGACCUUUGAGGACAUUGCCCUGUACUUCUCCAGGGAGGAAUGGAGCCUCCUUGGUGAGGGUCAGAGACAGCUGUACCUGAAUGUGAUGCUGGAGAACUUUGAACUUAUAUCCUCGCUGGGUUGCUGCUGUGGAGCAAAGAAUGUAGAGGCAACGACUGAACAGAAGGUUUCUGUAAGAUUGUCACAGGCAAGGAAUCCCAAGGUAGCCUUGUCUUCCCAGAAGAGCCACCCCUGUGAGAGUUGUGGGCUAGUCUUGGGAAACAUUUUCCACAUGAUGGAGCUGCAGGGAACACAACAUGGACAAAUACUGUUGAGGUGUGGGGCAUGUGCAAAACAAUUUUUUUUCCAUGCAAAAUUUCACCAGCAGCAUGUAAAAGAGAAAUCUUUCACUAGAGGUGUGGACAGGAUCUCACUUGCAAACAGCUACAAUUUCAGUGUAUCCCUGAAUCGUUUCACAUGCGGGGAGGUUUGUCAAGGUGUCCUUACGGGGUCAGGACAUCUCCACCUAAAGGCUACUCAGACCAGCGAUAGGCCAGAUGCAAUUUCGACGUAUGGGAUGCCUUUUAAAAGGAGAAAAAUUUAUUACAGUAAAAAAGAUUGUAAGGGAAACAUUAGUUGCACCCACCCAUUUAUUCAGGAAAAAGAUGUCCAUCUUGGAAGUUGGUGUUUUCUGUCCUCUGAAUGUGGAAAAUAUUUUUCCAAAUUUUCUAGCUUUCAUAAUCAACAGAGAGGUCACACUGGAGAAAAGCCUUAUCAAUGGAGUGAAUGUGGAAAGUCUUUUAUCGCUAAUGCUGACGUUCAUCAACAUCAGAGAGUUCAUAUGGGAGAAAAGCCUUAUAAAUGCAGUGAAUAUGGGAAAUCUUUUACCUCUAAGAAGAACCUUCAUCAACAUCAGAGAGUUCACACUGGAGAAAAGCCUUAUAAAUGCAGUGAAUGUGGAAAAUCUUUUGCAUGGAGCAGUGCCCUUCGUUGUCAUCGGAGAGUUCACACGGGAGAAAAGCCUUAUCAAUGCAAUGAAUGUCGGAAAUCUUUUACCUCUAAGAAGAUCCUUCAUCAACACCAGAGAGUUCACACUGGAGAAAAGCCUUAUAAAUGCAGUGAAUGUGGAAAAUCUUUUGCACAGAGCAGUGCCCUUCGUUGUCAUCGGAGAGUUCACACGGGAGAAAAGCCUUAUCAAUGCAAUGAAUGUGGGAAAUCUUUUACCUCUAAGAAGAUCCUUCAUCAACAUCAGAGAGUUCACACUGGAGAAAAGCCUUAUGAAUGCAGUGAAUGUGGAAAAUCUUUUACUACUAAGACCGUCCUUCAUCGUCAUCAGAGAAUUCAUACUGGAGAAAAGCCUUAUCAAUGCAGUGAAUGUGGGAAAUCUUUUACCCAGAGCACUGCCCUUCAUCGUCAUCAGAGAGUUCAUACGGGAGAAAAGCCUUAUCAAUGCAGUGAAUGUGGGAAAUCUUGUAACACUAAGAGCGACCUUCAUCGUCAUCAGAGAGUUCAUACUGGAGAAAAGCCUUAUCAAUGCAGUGAAUGUGGGAAAUCUUUUACCCAGAGUUCUGCCCUUUGUCAUCAUCAGAGACUUCAUACAGGAGAAAAGCCUUAUCAAUGCUGUGAGUGUGGGAAAUAUUUUACCCACAGCUCUGCCCUUUGUUUUCAUCAGAGAUUUCAUAUGGGAGAAAAGCCUUAUAAUUGCAGUGAAUGUGGGAAAUCUUGUAACACUAAGAGCGACCUUAAUCGUCAUCAGACAGUUCAUACGGGAGAAAAGCCUUAUCAAUGCAGUGAAUGUGGGAAAUCUUUUAACCAGAGCACUGCCCUUCAUCGUCAUCAGAGAGUUCAUACGGGAGAAAAGCCUUAUAAAUGCACUGAAUGUGGGAAAUCAUUUACCACUAAGACCGUCCUUCAUCGUCAUCAGAGAGUUCAUACUGGAGAAAAGCCUUAUCAAUGCAGUGAAUGUGGGAAAUCUUUUAACCAGAGCACUGCCCUUCAUCGUCAUCAGAGAGUUCAUACGGGAGAAAAGCCUUAUCAAUGCAAUGAAUGUGGGAAAUCUUAUAAAACUAAGAGCGACCUUUAUCGUCAUCAGAGAGUUCAUACUGGAGAAAAGCCUUAUCAAUGCAGUGAAUGUGGGAAAUCUUUUACCACUAGCGUUGCCCUUCAUUAUCAUCAGAGAAUUCACACUGGAGAAAAGCCUUAUAAAUGUGGUGAAUGUGGGAAAUCUUUUACCCAGAGCACUCACCUUCGUUUUCAUCAGAGAGUUCAUACAGGAGAAAAGCCUUAUAAAUGCACUGAAUGUGGGAAAUCUUUUACCCAGAGCUCUGCCCUAUGUCAUCAUCAGAGACUUCAUACAGGAGAAAAGCCUUAUAAAUGCACUCAAUGUGGGAAAUCUUUUACCCAGAGCUCUGCCCUUUGUCAUCAUCAGAGACUUCAUACAGAGAAAAGCCUUAUCAAUGCAGUGAAUGUGGGAAAUCUUUUAUCCGGAGCACUCACCUUCGUUAUCAUCAGAGAGUUCAUACUGGAGAAAAGCCUUAUAUAUGCAGUGAAUGUGGGAAAUCGUAUAGAGGCCGAAAUGGUCUCCAAUAUCAUCAGAGAGUUCACAAUGGGGAAAUCCAUUCUGUGUGCAAUUAAUAUGAGGUAUCUCUCAGCCAAAUUUCUAAAUUCGUUCUCCGCAUAAGAUUGCAAAUGUGAGAAAUUUCUUAGAUGUGUAGGAAAUGCAGUUUCUUAGUUAGGACUUAACAAUAGUACAAGAAAAUUCGUGAAUCGUCAUUUUUCUGAAUUGUAUCUCAUACAUUUAAUCACCUGUAUUCUGUAAAGUUCCCAUAAGUGUAUUUGCUGUUUUGUUUCUGUGUUUUUACAUUAGAACACUAUGUAAUUAUGUUGCACGUUCUAACAUACAGAGAUGUCCUGCCAGAUCUAUGUCACUGCAUAUUUCUGUUGCUAAAGGUAUUUCACCUGAACCACCUAUAAGGUCUCUACAGAUGGCAUCAAUCACCGUCCUCAUGUGCCCAGGAAAGCUAAGUCUGUUGUCUAAUUUGUUGACAGAAAUGAGGAAUACCUGAGCCCUUAGUUCUUUCUUCUUUCUCUGUCAUGCGUUGCCAUAUAUGACUCGUUACUGUUGUGCCCAUAAACAUAAUGUUGCAGAACUGCCAUUUUCAGGGACACACUUUCCCUAGAUGCUAAUGAUGAGUUUAUUGAGUGCCUAUGGAAAUCAUCAAUGGGAGAACUGCCAGACUCAGGUUUGUUUCUUUGCAAAAUAAUGAGGCUUUUUCCUGAAACGUC